UGAGGAGGUUCCUUGGGCUGUUCGGAGCGGCUUCUCUGGCUGCUGGUGCCCCGCGAGAGGGACGGCGCCCGGCAGGCUCUGACGGCACCCGGCUGGCUCUGACGGCACCAUGGGGCACCCGCGGCCGCGGGGGCCGGAGCGCCCCGCGGCUCCUGAGUGCAGGCCCCUGAGAUGUCUCUGAGAGCAGAAGGCCAUGCAGCCACAUCCACGCUGAAGAAGCUCGCUGCAGACAUGAGCAACAUCAUCGAGAGCCUGGACACCAGGGAGCUCCAUGUGGAGGGGGAGGAGGUGGACUCGGAGGUGCUCACUGACCCCAAAGGCACCGUUUGCAUCCCCUUCUCUGCCAUCUACCACACCCAUGGGUUCAAGGAGCCGGGCACGCAGACGUACCUCUCGGGAUGUCCUGUCCGAGUGCGUGUGCUGGAAGUUGAACGCUUUACUUCCACCAAGAAGGUACCAAGCCCCAAUGUUUAUACCAUCGAGCUGACCCAUGGAGAGUUUGUCUGGCACGUGAAAAGAAAGUUCAAGCACUUCCAAGAGUUUCACAGGGAGCUGCUGAGGUACAAAGCCUUCGUGCGCAUCCCUAUCCCCACCAGGAGUCACACGGUGAGAAGACAAUCCAUCAAAAGGGGAGAGCCGAGGCAGAUGCCGAGUCUGCCGCACACCGCAGAGAGCACGGUGCGGGAGGAGCACUUCUCCAGCAGGAGGAAACAGCUGGAGGACUACUUGACAAAUAUCCUGAAAAUGCCAAUGUACAGGAACUACCAUGGAACAAUGGAGUUUGUUGGAGUAAGCCAGCUGUCAUUCAUCCACGACCUGGGACCGAAGGGCAUAGAAGGGUUCAUCAUGAAGCGCUCCGGGGGCCACCGCAUUCCUGGCCUCAACUGCUGUGGCCAAGGGAGGAUGUGCUACCGCUGGUCCAAAAGGUGGCUGGUGGUGAAGGACUCCUUCCUGAUGUACAUGAAGCCUGAUUCAGGGGCCAUUUCCUUUGUCCUGCUGGUUGAUAAGGAAUUCAACAUCAAGAUAGGCCAGAAAGAAACAGAAACUAAAUACGGGUUGCAGAUUGACAAUCUCUCCAGGUCACUGAUUCUGAAGUGUAACAGCUACAGACAUGCCCAGUGGUGGAGGCAGGGCAUAGACGAGUUCAUCCGCAAGCACGGCAAGGACUUCCUGACGGAGCAUCGCUUCGGCUCCUACGCGGCCGUGCAGGAGAACACCCUGGCCAAGUGGUAUGUCAAUGCCAAGUGGUACUUUGAAGACGUUGCAAAUGCCAUGGAAGCUGCUAAGGAAGAAAUUUUCAUCACAGAUUGGUGGCUGAGCCCGGAAAUCUUCAUGAAGCGACCGGUGGUGGAAGGGAACCGCUGGCGGCUGGACUGCAUCCUCAAGAGGAAAGCACAACAAGGAGUGAGAAUUUUUGUUAUGCUGUACAAAGAGGUGGAGCUUGCCCUGGGGAUCAACAGUGAGUACAGCAAGCGGACGCUCAUGCACCUCCAUCCAAACAUCAAGGUGAUGAGGCACCCAGACCACGUAUCCUCCUCCGUGUACCUGUGGGCCCACCACGAGAAGCUGGUGAUCGUGGACCAGUCUGUGGCAUUCGUGGGUGGCAUUGACCUGGCCUACGGGCGCUGGGACGACGACGAGCACCGCCUGACCGACGUGGGCAGCGUCAAACGCGCCUCCACCGCCGCCACCAAGUCACUGUCCACCGCCAACCUGGCUGCUGCAGCAGAGUCGACUGAACGUGUCCCACUGCAGCCUCAAUGUCUGGCCCCAGAGAGCCACUUGUUUGAGAGAAAUGCUGAUGAUGCCCCAGACACAUCAAAGAUGAAAGGAAUAGGAAAACCCAGAAAGUUUUCAAGGUUCAGCAUUUACAAGCACCUGCACAAGCACGGCAUGCACCACUCUGACAGCGUCAGCAGCAUCGACAGUGAGUCAAGUUACUCUGCCCCCGCUAGGAGCCAGCCGAAUCUAAUCCAGAGUUUAAGGCCCCAUCUGAAAAUGUUCCAUCACCACAGUGAAUCCAAACAGGGGCUCGCUGAGCCUCGCGAGGAUAAAGGAUCCAUCCGUAGCCUGAAGACAGGUGUUGGAGAGCUGCUUGGGGAAACCAGGUUCUGGCAUGGAAAAGACUAUUGCAACUUUGUCUUUAAAGACUGGGUUCAACUCGACAAGCCUUUUGCUGACUUCAUUGACAGGUACACCACGCCCAGGAUGCCCUGGCACGACAUCUCCUCCGUGGUGCACGGCCGAGCCGCGCGCGACGUCGCCCGGCACUUCAUCCAGCGCUGGAACUUCACCAAGAUUAUGAAACCCAAAUACCGGUCCCUGUCCUACCCAUUCCUGUUGCCAAAAUCUCAGCAAACUGCUCAUGAGUUGAAGUAUCAGGUGCCUGAGGCUGUUCCUGCCACAGUCCAGGUGAUCCGCUCUGCUGCUGACUGGUCUGCUGGCAUCAAAUACCACGAGGAGUCCAUCCACAAAGCCUACAUCAGCGUGAUAGAGAACAGCAAGCACUACAUCUACAUAGAGAACCAGUUUUUCAUUAGCUGUGCUGAUGACAAAGUUGUCUGGAACAAGAUUGGUGAUGCGAUUGCUCAGAGGAUUCUUAAAGCUCACAGGGAGAACCGGCGCUUCCGAGUGUACGUGGUGAUCCCGCUGCUGCCCGGCUUCGAAGGGGACAUCUCCACAGGAGGGGGCAACGCCCUGCAGGCCAUCAUGCACUUCAACUACAGGACCAUGUGCCGAGGGGAAAACUCCAUCCUGGGCCAGCUGAAGGCAGAGGUUGGAGAUAAGUGGAUAAACUACAUAUCCUUCUGUGGCCUUCGGACAUAUGCAGAGCUGGAAGGAAAGCUGGUCACAGAGCUCAUCUAUGUGCACAGCAAACUGCUCAUUGCUGAUGACAACACAGUUAUAAUCGGCUCUGCCAACAUCAACGACCGCAGCAUGCUGGGCAAGAGGGACAGCGAGAUGGCCAUCAUCGUGCAGGACAGCGACACCGUGCCCUCGCUCAUGGACGGCCAGGAGUUCCGCGCCGGCCGCUUCGCGCAGUCCCUGCGCCUGCGCUGCUUCAGGGUUGUCCUUGGCGGCUCUGACCUCAGCCCUGAACACCAGGAUCCCGUCUGUGACAAAUUCUUCAAGGAGGUGUGGAUUGCCACAGCAGCUCGGAAUGCCACCAUCUUUGAUAAAGUGUUUCGAUGCCUUCCCAGUGACCAGGUGAAUAAUUUAGCCCAACUGCGUGAUUUCAUCAGCAAGCCCAAAUUAGCAACUGAUGAUCCUGUGAAAGCAGCAGAAGAAUUGAAAAAGAUUCGUGGGUUUUUAGUACAAUUCCCCUUUCGUUUUCUGGAGGAAGAGUACUUGCUUCCCUCUGUUGGAACAAAGGAGUCCAUGGUACCCAUGGAGGUUUGGACUUAAGAAGAUAAAGCAGACUGCUUUACCUUUUAAAGUCUUGUUCUCAGGAGAGAAGUUAAUGAAAAAUACGGGAUUUUGGAAUGUGAAAGAAGACUAAAAGCUUCUCCACCAAGGUAAUGAGCCUUCAGAAGGAUUUUGGUGGAGGAACUUGAAGCAAAUCAACACUAGCAGACAAGAGGAGCAGAAAAACUUGGAAAUGGUGGCAGACAGAAGUUUAACUUCUGGAGGACUUACUUCUUCAGGCAUGUUCUGAGCAUCUAAAGGAUGCAGGCUGCUUCCUAGGACAGGAACUGACUCCCAGUCGAUGUUGUCACCACUGCCAGCUGUAUCCUGUGCUUGUGAUCGUGCUGUGGCUGCACAGGAGGCCUGGGCUGCCUGUGCUGCUUCUCAGGCUUUGGGUGUCUGCGCCUUGGCUCGCUGGAGCUCCCCAUCUCACCCCUCCACAUGCCAUCAGAGCACACUGUGCAGCCCUGCCACUGCUGGGAAGUGCCAUUUGCUGCUGCCUUGGGCUGUCCUGCAGCUUUCUGAGUGUGUUUCACUUCUUAAAGGGAAACAGACUAACAAUCCUGUAUCAGAAUCAGCAUUUUGGUCUCUUCAUCCCUUCAGGGGAAAAAAUCCUCUUCCUAUUGCAGCUGGAGCAAUCAGCAGCCCUCAGGCUUGGCAGAAGGCAGUCUCUGGAGGUGCUGGAGAUCACUGGAGCUUGCUGGCCUUUGCACACACAGCACAUCAGCUUGGUCCCACUGAGUGUGACUGAUUUCCUCAGGAAAGGAUCAAGGUUCCAACUCAAGCCUGAGGUGUGCAGAGCUGGGGGAAGCCAAGGCCCUGCAUGUGACAGGACUGAGACUGGAGAGGCUGCGUGAUCUGGACCAAGCUCUGCACUCUGUGCAUUCAUCUUGCAGCCUGUGGGGAGAUUUUCAUUUCCAUCCCUUUCCCCUUACUCAAAAGAAGGGAAGGGCCAGUAAGCUGACACCAUGCUCAGACCAAGCUGAUGUGUGGGUUUGUAGAUGGGGUGAAGGCAAGGGGGAAGGGGAGCAGAUGACAAAGCCUUGUCUCUGCUCUGCUUUGUUACUGAUCCAGCCACAGCCUUGAGUGCAGUCAUGCAGGAUGUGUCUUCCCAAGCAGAGUAAAGCUCAGCAUGCACAUUCCUGUUCCACAUUGCUGUUAGAAGCUUUCCAAAGCUCUUUUGCACCUCCCUGUACAGAGCAGUUCAAUCCAGCAUCCUGGGAAAAACACUACAGUUCCUGGGUUAGGACCUGGUGUGGUGGGCACCAGCCUGGGUCUCAGCCCAUGCUCCAUCCUGCAGUGAGGCCCAAUUGUCUCCCAAUUCCAUGUCCAGCUCCAGCCUGAGGUGUUCCUGGCAGCCUGCAGUGCUGUGUCAGCCACUGGGAUAGUGGAGCAUUAUGGAAUGGAAACACUUCAGGAGAGUUGGAUCUGGAGGAGUGGGAGGCUGAGCUCUUCUGCUGCCCCCAUUCAGGCAUCCAUCCCUUCCCUUCCCAGGGUUAUACUGUGCCCAACACUCCUUGGUCCAAAGGCCCAGUAAACUGGUAUUUAUUUUGUUUCACAGAAGAAUUUAUAUUUUUUCUUUUCUACGUCUUCCAGCGGUUUUUUAACUGGAAAAUAAUCCCACUGGUCACCUACCUAUGCCCAAAAGGUAGCUGGCAUGACAUUUCAGCUGAUUGCCUUGUGUGUUCAGACCUGUAAAUAGGCACCAGCUUAUUCUGUCCCUGCUGCAUCACCCAAAUAGGGAACAAACCCCAGAUGUUCUUCCAAAUCUCAGCCCAUUCCUGCAGCUUCCACUGUUUUACACUUGUGUUUUGUAGAUGCAGUUGCCUCCUCUGCUCCUUUCUGGCAUCUGUGGUCUGGUUCACCUUUGGGAAGUGCAUGUGCAGCAUUUUAUGUGCUUGAGUCCAGGGGGUUGAUGGUUUUACCUGGCAUGCUGUAAGCACAGAAAUAUCUUCCCUUGACAUUUUUCCUCUUCAAAAACCCGACCUGGGGUCACCCCCUGCAGAGCCAAAGCAAUGUGUGCCCUGACCAUUUCCAAUCACAAAGAUCAAAGGUGUCCUGUGGUUUCACAUCAGUGCAGGGUCAGAGCUUUCCUCUCCUGAUGUUUUUAGCUGUUUUAGUUGGACUGAAGCUGCUGACUUUAAACAAUUACAGCCUGCCAGAGAAUCCUUGUCAGUCACACAGGUCCAUGUUCAGAGUCAGAAAUUGUUCAACCCCACCACCUGCGCACUGAACCUUGAAGUGCAACACUCCUGUCACCUUCUAAGUGCUCUUAUUCUCCUCCUCCUGAUAUUAGCAAAGGUUUUUAUAAUUGUUAAAUUACCCUUACAUUGUCUUUUAAAAUGGUAGGUUGCUAAUUGUUGGGGCUUUUAACUGCAGAGGUGUUAACUCCCCCUCUGCCAGGCUGCCUUGGGGAACAACCACUCCGGCUCUGCAAUGCUCAGUAGCUGCUGGUCCCCAGUGACACAGCAGAGCCAUGGAGGGACAUGUAAUUGAGUUAUUUGGUGUGAGAAGGUGCUAAUUAAGGAGCUCUUUCAUAACUGAGGUAGCAGACAGGCCUGAUGUUGGCUCUCUGUCUGGCAGGAGGUUCACCUCUGUGGAAGCAGAGGCACUGUGCUGACCAUCCCUGCCCUGUGUUGGUGCUAAAUUCCUGAUACCAGGAGUUUAGAGACAUUCCAGUGCAAGGAGGGUGUGCAGCCUCAGCACAGUGAGGAGAGCCCAGCAUCCCCAGGGGCUUGUGAGGCCAUCAGGUUCCCUGUGGAAGCAGCUCUGCUCACCCCAGACAGACAGACAGGAGGGCUGGAGCCACUCCAGUGAUGACCCUGCUCACUCACAGCCCAGGCUGUGCUGUCUGGAGCUGCCUCCUUGGGUCCUGUGUGCUGCAGGUUUGUUUCUUACAUUAAGAAGCCUGUGAGGUUGAACACUUUGAGAGAGUUGGUUUGUGCACCUGAACAAUCACAGCUUCUUAGUCUGUCCAACCAGCUUGGGCCUCAAAGUGGAGAAAGUCACCCAUGGUACCCAGAGCUGGAACAGGAGAUGAGGAUCCAAGCACUGGCAACCCCAGAAACAUCUGCUGUUUCUUGUGGCAUUUAUUUGUUACAACUAUAGGGAAUGAGAAAUUCUCCCAGACUCAGACUUUAUUUUGUGAUUCAACCCGAGUAGAACACUUCUUUUCCCUUUAAAUUAUUCUUUAACGGGUAUCAUUUUGAGAACUCAUACUCCUUUCCUUAAAUUUUAAUGGUCUAAUAUUUUAAAAUAUGUGUUUUGUUGUAUAGAUAUUGGACUGAAUAAAUGUUUCACUGUAAAGAUAAUGCAUGAUUUAAAAAUGAGGGAUAAAAUGUCAUUGUCUGCAAGAACUGAACUAAAAACAGUUUAUAAGAGAACCACUCCAUGGAAGAGGCAAA